GAAAAACACAAAAUUAAGAGGCCCGCGAUAACUACAUUUGUUCCGAAAACACACACAGUCUCUCACAACCUUCGAAUCUGCGGGAAGCCGGCUGGAACUCAUUUCUCCGGUAGCGUGAAGCUUUUAAUUUCAAGGAAGAUUAAUAUUUUGGUUGGAUGGCGAUGGUGGAGGAGCCUCUGUAUCCAAUAGCGGUGCUCAUAGAUGAGCUCAAGAAUGAUGACAUUCAACUCCGACUGAACUCUAUACGAAGACUAUCCACCAUUGCACGUGCACUGGGGGAGGCAAGGACUCGAAAAGAGUUGAUACCAUUUCUGAGCGAGAACAAUGACGAUGAUGAUGAGGUGCUCCUUGCUAUGGCUGAAGAAUUGGGUGUUUUCGUUCCAUACGUUGGAGGGGUGGAGCAUGCACACGUUUUGCUCCUCCCACUGGAAACCCUUUGUACUGUGGAGGAGACCUGUGUGAGGGAUAAAGCUGUAGAGUCAUUGUGCAGAAUCGGAACACAGAUGAAAGCAAGUGAUUUGGUUGAUUCUUUUGUUCCACUCGUGAAGAGGCUGGCAGCUGGUGAGUGGUUUACAGCUCGUGUUUCGGCUUGUGGACUAUUUCAUAUUGCUUACCGUAGUGCCUCAGAGAUGCUAAAGACAGAAUUAAGAUCAAUUUAUAGCCAGUUGUGUCAAGAUGAUAUGCCUAUGGUCAGAAGGGCUGCUGCGGGAAAUUUGGGAAAAUUUGCUGCCACUGUGGAAGCUUCAUAUCUCAAAAGCGACAUCAUGUCCAUGUUCGAGGAUCUUACGCAGGAUGAUCAGGAUUCUGUUCGCUUGCUAGCUGUUGAGGGCUGUGCUGCUCUCGGGAAAUUGUUGGACCCUCAAGAUUGUGUUGGGCACAUUCUCCCCGUGAUUGUCAACUUCUCCCAGGAUAAGUCAUGGCGUGUCCGCUACAUGGUUGCCAACCAAUUGUAUGAGCUUUGUGAGGCUGUGGGACCUGAACCUACUAGGACGGAUUUGGUUCCUGCAUAUGUCCGAAUACUUCGAGAUAAUGAAGCAGAAGUCCGAAUUGCAGCUGCGGGAAAAGUGACUAAGUUUUGUCGAAUUGUUAGCCCCAAUCUGGCUGUCCAACAUAUUCUUCCCUGUGUAAAGGAGUUGUCAUCCGAUUCUUCACAGCAUGUAAGGUCUGCUUUGGCAUCCGUCAUUAUGGGGAUGGCUCCCGUUUUAGGGAAGGAUGCAACAAUUGAUCAACUUCUUCCCAUAUUUCUUUCACUUUUGAAAGAUGAAUUUCCUGAUGUUCGCCUUAAUAUCAUCAGCAAGCUAGAUCAAGUCAAUCAGGUUAUUGGAAUUGAUUUACUCUCACAAUCUCUAUUACCAGCUAUUGUUGAGCUGGCAGAGGAUAGGCACUGGAGAGUUCGGCUCGCUAUCAUAGAAUAUAUACCUUUAUUGGCUAGUCAACUGGGUGUAGGAUUUUUUGAUGAAAAGCUCGGUGCCCUAUGCAUGCAGUGGCUACAGGACAAGGUGUACUCCAUUAGAGAUGCUGCAGCUAAUAAUCUGAAACGUCUGGCAGAAGAAUUUGGUCCAGAGUGGGCAAUGCAGCAUAUCAUUCCUCAGUAUAUGCACCUUUUAAUGUUGCAAGUUACAUGCUAUCUUACGAAUUUAGAUAUAUGGCUUUGUAUUGCCUCUUUGCUCUACAAACUGUACCAAAGAUGUGACAAUCAGGUUCUAGAUAUGGUAAAAAAUCCCCAUUAUUUGUACCGGAUGACUGUUCUUCGUUCAAUUGCCUUGCUUGCUCCUGUUAUGGGUUCUGAGAUCACAUGCUCUCACUUGCUGCCUGUUAUGGUCACCGCAUCAAAGGACAGAGUACCCAACAUUAAGUUUAACGUUGCAAAGGUGCUGCAGUCAAUGAUCCCCAUCGUUGAUCAUUCUGUGGUGGAGAAAUCGAUACGCCCCAGCUUAGUAGAGCUUGCUGAGGACCCCGAUGUAGAUGUCCGUUUUUUCGCCAAUCAAGCGCUUCAGUCAAUUGAUCAUGUGAUGAUGAGCUAAACGAGUGUGUGAUAUGCAAUGCCACUGCAUGAAGGUAUGCAAUUCAAUUCUAGUUGCUGUCUCGGAUAAUAGAAAGGAACAUGUUUUUGUUUCAUUUCUCUGUAUCUUAAAUUUUUGUUUGCCCCUCUACUCUCACAUAAUCUGUCAUCUUACUAAUUUUUAACAAUAUUGUGCAUACCAAAAUUUAUGCAAUGUUCUUUCCUGACGGUUUUAUCA